GGCGGGGCUAAGCACAGAGCAGGGAGCGGAAGAGGCCCUGGCUGCUGGGUGAGGCACGGAGACCGUUUGGCGUAGAGUCUGGGGCCGGCUGGAGCUCAAAGUCCCAGACCCCGGGAGAGGCCAAAAGAAACUGAAGGGCUUGUUCCGGAGCAGUCGCCGCUGGCAGCUGCUUUCCCGCCUGCGGCUGCGGACGCCUCCCCCCGCGCUGCCUGAGGAUACGGUCCUGAGAGGCCUCUAGGCCUAGGCGCGGCCCGCGGAGCCAGACGUGUUGCUGCCAGUGCUGCUGUGAGUAAUACGAGCGCCCUCUCCACAGUCGUUUACAGAUUAAAAUGGAGGAAAUUUCGUUGGCUAACCUGGAUACUAACAAGCUAGAGGCCAUCGCUCAGGAGAUAUACGUAGACCUAAUAGAGGAUUCUUGUUUGGGCUUCUGCUUUGAGGUGCACCGGGCAGUCAAGUGUGGCUACUUCUACCUGGAGUUCGCAGACACUGGUAGUGUGAAGGAUUUUGGCAUUCAGCCAGUGGAAGAUAAAGGAGCGCGCCGCCUUCCGCUUUGCUCCCUUCCUGGAGAAUCCGGGAAUGGGCCUGAACAGCAGCUGCAACGCUCACCUCCGGAAUUCCAGUAGCUGCAACGUGAGAGAGUCUGAGGGUGACCGGGACAGUAACAUAGACCGGUCCUGUGGUCUGGAGAAAUUAGGUAGCUAAAUAGGAAAAAAAG